GCCUUGAACCCCAGCUGGAUAGACAAAACCAUCAUGAACCAAGCCUUCGACGCCCCCGAGGUAAGCUUACGAAUACACAGGUAAUCCCUCCACCGGUGAUCUUCGCCAGUCUGUGUCCGUUAUUUCAAAGGAAUAUGCUUGCGCAGAAAGAGUAAUACGGAGGGGAUGCUUCCAAGUUUUAGCAGCCCCGCAGAAUCUGCCAGCAUUGCUAUGAUCAAUAUGUUGUCGAAGUGCCUUCUUCCUGCAACCGUUAGACGCCUUUAGCUUAACUAACAUUCUUGCCUUUGGAACUCAUUCUUUUCCUCCUCCCCUCCCACAACUCUCCUCCGUUUGCUGCAAUUUCGUUGGUGCGUCAAAAGGCCACGAAGUUCUUGCGCAUGUAGCUCUCACCAUGUUGGUGUCUUGCACAAUUUUGCUGUUCAGAGAGGAUGACCACCACCAACAAAUAUAUCCAACCAGACGUGCGCUUUCCUAGAAGCGACGAUAAGAUCCAUGCUACCGUCCGAAGUAGUGAAGUUUUACCCUUUCGACGAAUGAGCGCGGUAGAGAAAUCCAAGAAUCCAACACUACAGAAAAGGGAAAUCAAGUUUCGUGCCAGAUUACCCAAGGUGAAGACAGGAUGUCAAAAUUGCAAAAUCAGAAGAAUCAAGUGCGACGAAAAAUUGCCCGGCUGCUCUCGCUGUUUUAAAUUCGGAAUUUUAUGUAGUGGCUAUCCGAAACAACCAGAGAAGAUCAAACCCAAUUCUCGUCAAAUUGUGCCCAUCUUACCCAAGGGGGCGAUCUCUGGUAUAGCACAAGGAUCCAUCAUUGAACUGUACCUUGGACCUCGAUUUACGGAAGAGCUUGAGAGUAGGUAUUUUAAACACUUUUGUGAGAAUGUUGCGGCUGGAUUAGCAGGCCCGCUUCAAACGAGUGUUUGGUCCGAGAUCAUUCCUCAGGUGUGUGAAAUCGAGCCAUAUAUUGCACACGGCUUAGUAGCACUCGGUGCAUUCAGCAAGUAUAGCAAAGAGAUGACGCGUGGAGGGGAAUCGUCAGAUACCAAGAAGCACUUUGAAUACGCUUUGCGAGAGUAUGGCAAAAGUCUACGGGGGAUGCAGAAAGCAAUUGAUGGGAACGUGAGCCGGAGUCCAAGAACAGCUUUGAUUGCGUGUAUGUUGGUUUUCUGUAUCGAAAGCCUACAGGGGCAUCAAGCAUCCGCUUCUAUACACGCAACUAAUGGUAUCAUGAUGCUUCACGAUUACUAUCAAGCAUCGGCAGCCGGCACCGAAUUCGCAAAAGAGAACGUCAUAGGUCCUGAACUUCGAAGAGCUUUCACGGACUUGGAUUUGCAAGUUUUGCACUUCCUUGAUAUUCGCCCGCCAGCUCACCACGUUAUCAUCAAGGAACAGCUCAAUCGAUAUCAUCUUCACGGGGCCCACAUUCCAACUUUUCAGAAUAUCAAGGAUUCGUACGAAUAUUUACAGAUGAUCAUGAGAAGGAAUCUUCAUUUCAUCGAUAUAGCGAGGAAACUUCUCUUGAAGGCUGACUUUCAAGAACAAUCUACAGUAUUCUCACCCAAAGACUGGGAAGGAGCUGCAGAUUUACGCCAAAACAACAAUCCAUGGACUCAGCUAGAGCCACGAUCCUCUCAAUCUCCACCUCCGGCAUCACGCUGUACACACUCAUCUGGCAAAAUGCAUGGGGAGGAUGAAUCUACAGCGACGUCUCAAGAAUCUCUAAACUCGUCCGAUUCCGGCAUCGAAGAUGACUCCGCGGAUCCCUGUAUGGAUUAUGUAGCUGCCGCACACUUCCCGCCCGAAAUAUUGCAAGAACGCGAUAUCUAUCUAGCCGAUCUAAUGCAUUGGGAAAAAGCAUCUGAAUCCAUUCUUCAAGAAUGUCUCGCAUCUCCCCACCACUCGCAAGAAUUUCGCACGGCGGCUCUCCUCAAAACUCACGCUGCCGCUAGUGCCAUUCGUCUCCACGGCACCUUUUUCAUCGAUGAAAUUCAAUACGAUCAACUGACUCACUACUUCCAAACCAUCAUUACUUAUUGUACAUACCUGCAUCCUUAUUACAGCACCUCAUCCUACCACACGAAUCUGGGUAUCCUAAUGCCGCUAUUCGAAGUCGGCACGCAUUGUCGAGCGAGGAUAUUGCGCGACCAAGCCAUCGCAAUGUCGUUUGUGAGUAAAGAAUAUCGAGAGGGGGUCUGGGAUAGUUAUGUCGGCGGCUUCAUCUGUAAGUGGAUUCGCGAUCUCGAGGAACCGUGGCGAGAUGAAAAGGGACAUAUUCCUGCGGAUCGAAGAGCGAAAAUCGCCGGGUUGAAUGUGGUGGUGGAGAAGAGGAGGGCGCAGAUGUUUUGUUCGCAGAGGAUUGGACUGGGGAGGGAGAGUGUUACGAAAGAUAUCAUUGUCACUUGGUGAUGAGAUGGGAGCGAAAGGGGGGGGGGGGAUAGUGGGUAGUGGGGAGCGAAAGGAAAGCAAACGAGAUGAAAGGCGAAUCUGAUGAUCGGGACUGGACUGGAGAUAUAUUGUCCUGGAAGAAACGGUCGUAUGUAAUGUAAUGUAUUCAUUGUUAACAAAUGAUGGCGAAUGUAUAAAGAUAGUAUAUAGAGUAUGAUAUGACAUGACAUGAUAUAGUGUAGUAUGAUAUCGAAUGCAAAAAAAAAAAAAAAAAAAAAAAAGAUCA